AUGAUCACAUUCUCCGCCUUUCUAACUGCUCUCUUAUUGGCUCCGGCCGUCUUUGGCCACAAGGACUUGCGCCUACGUCAUAACGCCCACGCCAAAUCGAUCUCCAGGCGCGCUAACACCGGGACGAUGACCUGGUAUCCGACUACCACUGGCCCGGACGCAUGCACCGGGAAGACCCAUACUGACAACGACUGGUACGUUGCAAUGGACCGCAGAAUGUAUGGCGACGGGUCUGCAUGCUGUGGGAAGCAGCUCACGCUGUCGUAUAUGGGCAAGACUACGACCGCUACUUGCGUCGACGAAUGCAUGACUUGCGACACGCCGACUUCCCUCGAUCUGACAAAAGGUCUCUUCGACUACUUGACGGACAACUCGGGAGGCGGAGACUACCAGCUCACCUGGUGGUACGGCUCGGACUCUGGAUCAUCCGGAUCAGGCGCUACAACCACGCACGAGACGACAACGAGCACCACUUCUAAGAAGGCCACUUCCACUUCCAAGACGACCCACACCACAACUUGCACCACCAGCACUACAAGCACCACUAGCACCACCAGCGCACACAAGACCACCACGUCAAGCACUCACACCACCACAUCCACGACCAGCUCCCACAAGCCGAGCACGACCUCGGUUACGCAUUCUUCAUCAGCGUUGUCUUCGGUCUCCAAGCCCUCCGCUUCGGGAUCGUCCGAUGACGUCAAGUCGACCUCCGAUACCGUUGUUCCUCUCGCUCUCCCGACACAGGGCGUUGCCAACGUCGGUGGAACCCCCGUCAAUGGCAGUGCAGCCUCCAGUCCUGGUUCGCUUCAAGGCGCAUUGGGUGCGGGCAGCGGUACUAGCGCUGGAGUUCCCUUGGCUGCUUCUGGGAAGUUUCUUGCGGCUCUCGGCGUUAUCGCUGUAGUCGCGGUCGCUUGUUGA